GAAAUUAGAAAUGUUAGAGUUAAGUAAUCAAAUGAAAUAUUCAAAGUGUUUUCUUGUAGAAUCAGCAUUUUGACACAUGGUAUGGUUACUACUACAUUCAAAAUUUCUGAUCGAAAAAAAAAAACAAAAGUUGUACCUUUUAAUUCCCACUUAUGAAAUUGUGAUGACUCUUUUCAUUCUUUGUUUACUGUUUCAAACUCUUUUAACACGACAAUAGGACAAGUGGUUCUGUUCAAAAAAGUCCAACUCCAUUAUCCAAUAGAGAGAGAUCAUUAAAUUAGGUUUUUUCUCAAAGGUUCAUCAGAUCAGAUCUUUUGUUUUGUGUCAAUGGAAACAGCAAAGCGUAGAACGAUGUCAUCAAUCGUCGCCAAGCUAAGCUCUGUCUCCGAACAAACAAGAGCCGCCGCUUUAGCUGAGCUUAGACUCAUCUCUAAACAAGAUCCCGACAGCCGACUCAUCAUCGCCGACGCCGGAGCUAUCCCUUACCUCGCCGAGACUCUCUACUCUUCGUCUCACUCUUCCCAAGAAAACGCCGCCGCGACUCUCCUCAACCUCUCCAUCACCUCACGCGAACCCCUCAUGUCCUCACGCGGUUUGCUCGACGCGCUUUCUCACGCGCUUCGUCACCACGACACAACCACUUCCCCCGCCGCGGUUCAAUCCUCCGCCGCCACGAUUUACAGCCUCCUGAUCGCCGAGGAAUCUUACCGUCCUAUCAUCGGAUCUAAACGAGAUAUCAUCUUCUCCCUCGUCCACAUCAUCAGGUACCCAAAUUCGCAUCCCCGGUCGAUCAAAGACGCGCUCAAGGCACUCUUCGCCAUCGCUCUCUACCCGAUGAACAGAUCCACGAUGAUCUCCCUCGGCGCGAUCCCGGCUCUGUUCUCGCUGAUCGUCAAGGACUCGCGGUGCGGGAUCGUUGAAGAUGCGACGGCGGUUAUGGCGCAAGUCGCUGGAUGCGAAGAGAGUGAAGACGGGAUGAGGAGAGUUUCGGGAGCCAACGUGCUCGCGGAUCUGUUGGAUCCUUGCACUGGCUCGACACUACGGAUCAAGGAGAACUCCGUCGGUGCGCUUCUGAAUCUGGCGAGAUGCGGAGGGGAUGAAGCGAGGUCGGAAGUUGCGUCGGCGGUUGCGUCUGGUGCUGAUGAAGGAGCUAUGGAAGGGAUCGUGUACGUUGCUGAGAACGGUAGUGUGAAAGGAAGGAAGAAGGCGAUUGAUCUUUUGAAGCUCGUUAAUGGCGGCGAUUCACGUUUUGAUUAUUUGAUCAAUGAAGUUAAUCCAAAUAGCUUAAGCAUCUGAUUUGCACACAGUCUUGUUUGUGUUUACUACUAAUUCCACAUUCAUUGUACACUUUUGAACAUAUGUAUAUCAAUCAAUCAAACACAUGAUCCGUUACAAAUCUGUA